AGGACGUAUAACAAACAUAUAGAAGUUUAAAUGGUGAGGGAAUUAAAAAGAUGAAAACAGUAAGAAUAGACGCUCUAAGACCAAGAGAUCACAUAUUUUCUGAUAGGAAAUCACGUCUCUAUUUUCACCAUGGCAUAUAUGUGGGAGAUCAAAUGGUGAUUCAUCUGAUGGGACCAAGCAAGACUUACAACCUAAAACCCUGCGAAAGAUGUGGGUUCACGCCCCAGGCAGGGAUCUUCAAAACUUGCCUCGAUUGCUUCCUCAAUGUCUAUUCACUCUACCGCUACGAAUACGACGUUUCUUACUUAAAACUGGUUUUCAAACGCUCUGGUUCUUGCAGCAUUUGGGAUUGCAGACCGGCGAACCAAGUUGUCGAAACCGCCUAUCGUCUGCUCAAAGACAAGAGCUUCCGGAGCUACAAUUUUUCCCUCAACAACUGCGAGGACUUCGCGGUGUAUUGCAAAACGGGCAUGGCCAUGAGCAAUCAAAGGGUUAUUUGGGUUUAA